AUGGGCGGGGCGGGCGCCUGGGGCCGCGACGCGCCCGCGCUGCUGAGCACGGCGCUGCUGCUGGGAGGCGCAGGCGCAGGUUCCCUGGCUGACCGCCCUCCACCGCCGCUCUUCACCAUCGACAGCAUCCUGGCGCCGCGACCGCCGCCGCAAAUACCGCCGCUGCAGCUUCAUCACCUUGCUCACACACCCUUCCAUAGAGCACACGAGCUUUUCGGUGUCAGUAACGCAGUUACGAAUGCAAACAACUAUGCAAAUCUAUAUGGUGGCUACGCGGCGGCAGCGCUGGCGGGUUUGUCGGGUCCACCUCCAAAACGUAAACGUAGACAUAGAACUAUCUUUACCGAGGAGCAACUAGAACAACUGGAGAGUACUUUUGACAAGACUCAUUAUCCUGAUGUCGUGUUAAGAGAGCAACUGGCGCUGAGGGUGGACUUGAAAGAAGAAAGAGUUGAGGUAUGGUUUAAAAACCGUCGUGCUAAAUGGCGAAAACAAAAGCGAGAAGAACAGGAAAGACUUCGUAAGUUACAAGAAGAGCGGGAGUGCGGCCGUGCAUUGGCUCAGCAAAGGGCACACAUCUCGUCGCCGCUACGGCCGCCGCCCGCGCCACCUACGCCUAGGUCUUAUACCGAUGAAUCUGAGGACUCUGACCUGGAGGUUGCCUAA